GGAUGGCAGUGCCCGCUGCCGUCUGAAGGAGCGAUGCACAGCUGCGUCCCCCUCCGCCCCCCGCCCUGCAAGACCCUCCUCGAUGUGACUCGCUUACCUCCGGGGCGGGCUGGAGAGCCCGGCGGUGGCGGAGCCGGUGUGCCCCCGCCUCGCAGCCGCCAGCCUUUCUCUGCAGGCAGCGGCGAGGGGGCGGGCGGCCGGGGAGGAGCCGCCCGUGGGCCCCGCGGGCUCCGGGCUGCUCUCGGACCGGUAAAGCACAUGCUGGAAGCGUGGGGAGCGGCGGGAAGAGUGAGGACACACAGCCCUGCCCCGCGUCCGUGGGGCGCAGGAACGCGUGACCCAGGUGUUGCAUGUCUGGAAGCAAGGAGACCCCAAGAAGCUUCUGGGUCUGUUUGCAUCUCCCCCGGGUGAGGCCAGAGAGCUGGUCACUUCCCAAGCCCCCGUGCCUGGCAGUGUCGGGAGGGCAGCAAGGUUGGUUGACACCUUUACCACGGAGGCCACACAAGUGGAAAUCCCUGCAUUGCAAAGGCUGCUGGUGGGGCUGGAGACAUCCACGCUGCCUUGCCCUGGCAGUAUCUCAGAGUCAGUGGAGUUUAUUACUCUAACGUUAUUUCCUUUCUCCUCCUGAAGAGCAUCUUUUCAGCAGUGCUGCUUUGCAAUCGAGGAGCUAGCCCCUGGCAGGUGGUAGGGCUCCUGUAUGGGCAGUGGGGAAAGAACUCAGCACCCUGCUGACUUGCCCACCAGCCUCUGUACUGCCAGAGGACAAGAGGAAGAAACUGGAUAAGGGCAGACAGCUUCUCCGAGCUGAGCUCUGAGGGGAGAUCAGCGACAGGAAUUCAUUAGCCUGCCUCUUAAGGCAGUGAAGUCUCCAUCCCCUCCCACGCUCCCUCCCCAGUCCGACCCCAUCUAGCGCAGGGGCGGUGGGACCUCAGCCUUCAUCUGGAGCUUCCCAUCAAGCCCCAUGAAUCCUUAUGUUAACUGCUCUGGUCCUGAGUUCCCCCUGCCCCAAACAGACUUUCCUGUGGAGCCCAUCGGCCCUGAUCUCUGCAACAGGACUCACCCAGAGACCUUGUUCGACCCCAAGGAUGUCAACCUGACAGAGGAGCAGCUACGGGAUAAGUACCUGGGACCUCGACGGUCCAGCUUCUUUGUCCCUGUCUGUGUCAUCUACCUGCUGAUCUUUGCGGUGGGAGCUGUGGGCAACACCCUCACCUGCAUCGUCAUCCUCCGGCACCGCUUCAUGAGGACACCCACCAACUACUACCUGUUCAGCCUGGCCGUGUCUGACCUGCUGGUGCUGCUGCUGGGGAUGCCGCUGGAGCUGUACGACCUGUGGAGCAACUACCCCUUCCUGCUGGGCGCCAGCGGCUGCUAUUUCAAGACGCUGCUCUUUGAGGCCGUCUGCUUUGCCUCCAUCCUUAAUGUCACCGCCCUCAGCGUGGAGCGCUACAUCGCCGUGGUGCACCCACUCAAAGCCAAGUACGUGGUGACCAGGAACCACGCCAAGAGGGUCAUCAUCACCAUCUGGGUCUUGUCAGUUGUCUGCUCCAUCCCGAACACCAGCCUCCAUGGCCUGCAGCCUCUCUAUGUGCCUGGCCGAGGGCAAGUGCCUGAUUCUGAGAUCUGCACCUUGGUCAAGCCGCGUUUGACCUACAACCUCAUCAUCCAAGUCACCACCAUUGUCUUCUUCUUCUUGCCUAUGGGGACCAUCAGUGUCCUCUACCUGCUCAUUGGCCUGCAGCUCAAGAAAGAAAAGAUGCUGGAGACCUUGGGAGCCAAGUCUGAUGGCGGUCAUGACUGCCACAAUGCCCAGGGGCAGAAGAAAGUCAAGAGGAGGCAGGUCACAAAGAUGCUCUUCGUGCUGGUGGUGGUGUUCGGGAUCUGCUGGGCUCCCUUCCACACUGACCGCCUUGUCUGGAGCUUUGUCUCCACCUGGACCAUGGACAUGCUCCACAUGUUCCAGUACGUCCACAUCAUCUCGGGUGUCUUCUUCUACCUGAGCUCAGCUGCCAACCCCAUCCUCUACAACCUGAUGUCCACACGCUUCCGGGAGAUGUUCAAGGAGGUGAUGUGCCACCAUGGCCACCACCCUCUGCGGUCACGGAGAUACUCACCCAGUGUCACCCACGUCACCACCCGCAGCACCGAGUGUGAGCCCAUGUCCAGUGCCAGUGGGCUGCCCCUCUCCAAUGCUGAGGGAUAUGAACCAGAGGAGAUGGAGGGGGCCCAGGCAACCACCCACAUGACUUCCCUCUGCUGAAGAAGGGGAGGAUGUAGGGUGACUGGGAAAAGCUUUCUGUGCUACCAGCGUCCAUCUGUUGGUGAUAUCCUUCCCACGGUGAGGAGUGCGGCAGGAGCCAUGGAGGGAUCCCUGCCUCUCUGUACUGUCCUGCUGGGAUGAAGAGGAUGAUUUUCACAGCACCACUGCUCUAGGAAGAUGGUGCCAGUGGCUGUGCUGUGACCUGGAUAUAUUCCACCUGCUGUGCACAGCAGUGGGGCUGGCCGAGGCUAGGGCAUCCCUCCGGAUAUAGAGAUGGCUGGUUUCUAUGUCAGGGCUAUGCCAGCAAUCCCCCAAAACAUCCCACUCCUCACAGCCCAGUGGGGUGAGCCUAUCGAUGCUGGUGUUGGGCAGCCUGGGCUGUUUUGGGACACUUAGGCUGAGACCCUUUGGAAAGGUUUACACAUGAUGGAGUGGGGAGAAAAUGGUCUGUGGGUGCCUUGUCCUUUGAGACAUACCCAGGACUCUUCGGCACCUCUGUGUCCCUGAUUCACUUGCACAUCCCUUCACUGGUGUCAGGCUACAGGGUGCUGGUAUGGCUCCUUGCUCUCAGCCUUCCUUGCAUCCUCAGCCCCUUGAGAUCAAGGGAAAGGAUCAUGGCUGCUCCCUUCAGAGCUGGAGCCUGAGAAGGAAAACAUGGGAUGAGAGCCCCAAGCUGCCUGCAGCUGUGAGGUGCAGCUCCAUGCCUGUCCCUGUGCCCCACAAAUACACCCCCCUCUCCCCAUUCUGUCCCAUAUUGGCCAGGUGCCACCCUCUUCUUCCACUGUGUCCCUCUGCACCACUGGGGAAUGUGGGGAGCCCUUCUCUGUCCCUACCUUGCACCAGCCAAACCUCAGUGAGGAUUAAAAACAGCUACUGCCCUGA